GAGAAGGCCAACCUACCUUCAAGGAGCUGGCAGCCGGGUCCCAACGCCCGCCCCCUUUGUGAAGAGGGGAGCAGGCGCUGCCCCCCUUGGUAGCAGCGCCUCCCUCUGUCCCGCAGAAGAAGAAGAGGUGGACAAGAUGAUGGAGCAGAAGAUGAAGGAGGAGCAGGAGCGGAGGAGGAAGAAGGAGAUGGAAGAGCGCAUGUCCCUGGAGGAGACCAAGGAGCAGAUCCUGAAGCUGCAGGAGAAGCUCCAAGCCCUGCAGGAAGAGAAACAUCAGCUCUUCCUCCAACUCAAGAAAGUCCUCCACGAAGAGGAGAAACGCCGUCGCAAGGAACAAAGUGAUAUGACCACCUUGGCAGCGGCUGCCUACCAGCAGGGGAUGGCUGUGCAUGCUGGGACCCACAUCCUCAACAUGCAAGGGAGCCCAGGUGGGCACAACAGGGCUACCACCCUCAUCCCGGCAGAUCGUGCCAAGCAGAUGUUCGGGCCGCCGGUUAUCACGGUAAAGACCCCACCGGGGGGGAUCAAACAGAGGGGGGGGGGGGCGGCCUGGGGAUUACUCAAAA